CUCUACAAAGCAUACAGGGCCAUACCACAACCACGACCGAAAUAUCUCGAGAAUCAACCCAUUCGCGAACUAAUGCACCGCUUGAGUAUUGUCGAAUACAAAGAUGAGCGGACAAUGCAGCGCUAUCUCAGCCUCGUCGAUGAUAUGUUGGCUGCAGACAUACCCAUGACGAGAUCAGAAUGGAACAGUGCCAUGAGUUUCGCCGGUCGCUAUCUUCGCAAAAUUGGUGACGUACAAGUCGAAACUGCCACUCAGAUUUGGUUGCGCAUGGAGAAAGAAGCUGGUCUGUCGAGCAGCGCCGCCACUUUCAGUAUUCUGUUUGAUGUCGCCACCAAAGCUGGUAAAUUCGCCCUUGCCGACAUUGUGGUCAAGGAAAUGAUGCAGCGAGGCAUUGAACCCAACCGCCAUUUCCGUACAAACAUAAUCUACUGCCAUGGCCUCAAGCGCGAUGGUGCUGCUGUUCGAAAAGCCUACCAGGACUUUGUUGACGCUGGCGAGAUCAUUGACACCCUGGUUCUGAACUGUGUUAUUGCUAGUUUGAUCAAUGCUGGCGAGCCAUCUGCUGCUGAGUACAUUUUUGAGAAAAUGAAGACUCUCGGCACAGAGAACACCACUGCUGCCAAGAUCAAAGGAUGGAAAGCCCAGCGCCACCUCGGAAGGGUUCUGGACCAAGCAGGAAGAAAGCUUCGCAAAGAGCCAGAGAGACGUGUUGUUGUGCAGAACGUCACUCCAAUCACACCGAACCUACACACGUAUCGCUUGUUGAUCAAGUACCACGCUCAUGAGUCUGGUAACAUAGACCGCAUUAGCGAACUGCUCGACGAGAUGCAACAAUAUGGCAUUCAUAUUCACGGAUCCAUUUUUUACCAGAUUAUACGUGGUUUUAGCAUUCACGGAGGCAUUCGCUAUUCUUCAUGGAAUAAGAAGAGACUCGACAGCUUCUGGGAAAUAUUUUGUCAGUUCGUUGAGAGAGACAAAGAGACGGAACAGAAGCACGGCGAUUGGAUAUCCGAAGAAGAUAGGGGUUGCUAUCUUAGUGCCUCCAUGGUCAAAACCGUCCUCAAUGCGUACCUCAAGGUCACAGGCCCAGAGAAUACCAGAAAGAUGUGGCAAGAAAUAAAGGAAAUCUGGAAACCGAACGAGCAGGACGAAGAAGCUGUAAACACAGGGCUAGAAUAUGCGCUUGGCUAG